AUGAAGAUCGCUCUCACAGCUGUGCUACCACCACUGCUACUGCUGCUCAUCUUCUCGCCGGCCGCCAUGUCGUCCUCGGCUUUGGAUCCAUCCGGCCCCGACGGGCACGGCCCCGGCGUCUACAUUGUCUUCGUCAGCCGCGCCGACUACGUUGAUUCCGUGGACUACGACCUCCGCCUGCUCGCUUCCGUCGUCGGCAGCAAGGCAGAGGCGAAGGCUGCACUGCUCUACCACUACAGCAGCAUCGGCUUCGCGGCGCGGCUAGCACCGGAGCACGCUCAUCAACUGUCAAAGAAGGACGGCGUCGCGGUCAUCAAGGACAAGACGUUCCGUAUCCAGGAAGACGGUGGCUUGCCUGGCUUCUUCAAAGAGAAUGUCUGA